UGCGGUGACGUAGAAGAUAUGCGACGAAGCGCGAACUGUGCUCUGACAGACCCGCUUUUUUGUUUUCGGUGUUGCUUUGCGACUGCUAUUUGUUGGGGGGUGUGAAGCCUUUAUUUAUAUGCAAUGAAGAUUGUAAGCUGGAACAUUAACGGGAUUCGGACGUUCCGGGGUCGUUUUCAGCAGAUGCUGGAUUCUCUGAAUGCUGAUAUCAUUUGUCUGCAGGAAACAAAAGUGACUAGAGACCUGCUUGAUGAGCGUACAGCAAUUGUUGAAGGUUAUAAUUCUUACUUCAGCUUCAGCCGUGGGCGGAGUGGAUAUUCUGGGGUGGCAACAUUUUGCAAAAACAGUGCAAUACCUUUUGUUGCUGAGGAAGGGCUGACAGGCUUGUUAUCCAGUAAGGGAGAAACAGUGGGAUGUUAUGGAGACAGAACAGAGUUUUCUGAUGAAGAAUUACAGCAACUAGACAACGAGGGACGUGCUGUCAUUACUCAACACAAGAUUACGUGCUCUGGUGACAGAGAAGAGGUUCUGACAGUCAUUAAUGUAUAUUGUCCACGUGCUGACCCAGAAAAACCAGAACGUAAGCUCUUUAAGUUACGUUUCUACCAACUUCUGCAAAUCCGUGCUGAAGCAAUCCUGAAAACUGGCAGCCAUGUGAUCAUCCUGGGUGAUGUGAACACUUCUCAUAAGGCCAUUGAUCACUGUGAUCCUGAUGAUCUGGAUAGCUUUGAAGAUAACCCAGGUAGAAAAUGGCUGAACAAUUUCUUGUUUGGAUUAGUCAAUACAGCGGAUGAGCUGGAUGAUUCAACAUCAGAUAAAGGAAAUCUACAAGUUAACAAAUCAGGUUCCCAAGUGGAGGGAGGUGGCAAGUUUGUGGAUACUUUUAGGUUUUUCCACCCCAAUAGGCCCAAUGCUUUUACUUGUUGGUCUACUUUGACAGGUGCAAGGCAGACUAAUUAUGGCACUCGGAUUGACUACAUAUUUGCAAAUAGGAAUCUUGUAGAAAAUGAAUUUGUGGAUUCUGAAAUUAUGCCAGAAGUGGAGGGUUCAGAUCACUGCCCAGUGCGUGGUGAACUGCGAUGUUUCUCUAUUGCCAGUUCCAAAUGCCCAUCACUUUGCACAAAGUACAUGCCAGAAUUUGCCGGCCGUCAACAAAAGUUGUCUCGUUUCUUGGUUAAAGUUGGUCAGCCUGUAAAACCAGAAGAAAUGGUGGAAGACGUGCCCCAACUUCCAGGGUCUCAGGAAGCUGAAGAAGUCAGAGAAAAUAUCAGACCUACUUUGGAGAAUCUCGUAAAAAAAAGAGAUGCACAGGAAGCACCAUCUCCUGUUACAAAGAGGCCUAAAAGUUCAUAUACUAAAGUAAAAUCUAGACAGCAUGGCAGUCUCCUGGCUUUCUUUAAGCCUAAGUUGAAUGAUGUCAAUACCAAAAAUAUGCCCCAGUGUAAUUCCAAUAUAAACAGUUAUCAGAACUUUGAAAUUUCCACUGAACCAUCACAAGAAAUAGGGGGUACUAGAAGUAGAGCACUAGAAUCUGAAAAUGAUUGUCUGACAGAAAACAAGCAUUUGAAAACUCUAGCAAGUCGGAUUUAUACAAAUCUGUCCAAAAAUGAAGAACUGACUGACAAAGAAAUAAACUACGAAUCAGAUGAAAAAGAAAGCCACUAUUUCCUGACAUCACCGGGACAUCGUUCUUCAAAUGUUGAAGGACCUUUAGACAGGUCUGAAAGAAAAGGAAGUGAACGAGCUAAUGAUAAACAAAGUAAUAUCGGGGGAAAGUCAACAGAAUUUUGGAAGUCAGUGCUCCACGGACCCCCUGCUCCACCCAGCUGCAAGAUUCAUGGUGAACCAUGUGUUUUACGGACGGUUAAGAAAGCAGGGCCCAAUUUAGGAAAGAAGUUCUUUGUUUGUGCCCGACCACAAGGACACAAUUCAAAUCCAGAAGCCCGAUGCAACUUUUUUCUUUGGGUUGAAAAGGGAAAAUAAAGAAAAAGAACUAAA